CGUUAUUGUGUAUGAAACUUACAUCCCUUCCAGAUCUGAACAUUGUUACUAGACUCAUAAAAGCAGGAAGCGACAUUAAUGAGGUUGAUGCACAAAACAGGACACUUCUUUAUAAAGCAACAGAGUAUGGACAAUUUGCUCUUGUAAAGUAUCUGUGUAACAAGGGAGCCAACGUGAACAUUGAUACACAGGAGAACAUUUCCCAUAUGGCCAUCACAGAGGAACGAAAGUUGUGUAAGAGAGUUAUUCUUGCUGCAUGUAGAAAUGCUGAUAUUGAUGUUGUUAAGUUGCUCUGUGAACAUGGGGCUGAUGUUGACGUAGCUGACGACAAUGCGGAAACAGUAAUACACAAGUCUGCAGCAUCCCCCAUUGAUGCUGUUGAGAAACUUCAAUAUCUUCUGGACACUAAGCAGGUGCCUCUGAGUAUAAAAGACCAUUUUGAAAGGACUAUCUUAUUUCCAGCUGUCACGUCAGCUUUACAAACUGGGUAUUUGGAGGUUCUGCACUUUCUGUCGUCCAGAAAAAUGGACUUCAAACAAAUAGAUACAUUUGGGAACAGUUUACUGUUAUAUCCCUUUGGCCCAAACCGAUUUGACAAUGCAAUAUCUCCAUCAGAUGACUUUAUUAAGCUAAUGCUAGACCAUGGUAUUGAUCCAAACAUAAAGAACCUGCAGGGCAGUACAGUGCUUCACUACGCUGCAAUCAAGGGGGACAAGAACAAACUGACAAUACUUCUAGAAGGAGGCGCUGAUCCACGUGUUCCAGAUGAAAAAGGUCGGACUGUGCUCCACCAAGCUGUAAAGAAACAACAGUUUCACAAUGUGAGGCUGUUCUUAGAAAAAGGUGCCAAUCCAGAUGUUCAGGACAAAAACGGUAAAACAGCCCUCCACUUUGCAGGAAAACUUAAAGAUUCUGAGACUGUUAAGCUUCUACUUGAAAAAGGAGCAGAUCCUACUGUUGCAGAUAAAUAUGGCAGAGAUGCCCUUCAUUAUGCUGUGAAAAGUCAGGACUGUGUCAUUAUGAACUUACUCCUGCAAAAUAGAGCCAGUCCUUGUGUACAGGAUACGUUUGGUGCCACUGUACUUCACAUUGCUGCAAAAUGUCUUGACAGAGAGAAUGUCAUGUUGCUGUUGGAACAUGGAGCAAAUCCACACACUCGGAAUCGACGCUGCCAGACUACACUUCACUUUGCUGCCCGUAAUGCAAAUAAUGAAGUUCUCAGAUUGUUCCUGGAGAGAGGUGUUGAUUCCUCUGUACAGGAUGACAGAGGCAUGACAGCUCUUCAUUGGGCAGUAUUGUAUUGCAACACUGAGAAUGUUGAGCUACUUCUGGAAAGAUGUCAAGAAUGGGACGUACAAGACGAAGAUGGAAAGACCCCUCUUCACCAUGCAGCAGAAACAGAAUACUCAAAUAUUGUUAAGCUUCUCUUAGAUAAGAACUUCGACCCGUGUGUACAAAACCACAAUGGGGAAACAGCCCUUCACUAUGCAGCAAGGUAUGGAUACAAUGAGAAUGUUCGGUUACUUGUGAACAAAGGUGCUGAUGUGUCUCUCAGGGACAAAGAAGGCGUGACGGUUCUUCACUUUGUAGCAUAUAUCAAUAAAGACAGCGUGAAGCAACUGCUGGUGCAUGGUGCUGAUUCCAAUGCAAAGAAUCAUUCAGGGAGAACUCCUCUUCACCUUGCAACAAAGGGAAAGUGCGAUAAUAGUGUGAAACUGUUUUUGGACAAUGGUGCUGAUCCUUGUGCGAAGGAUGAUGGGGGCCAAACGCCACUUCACUUGGCAGCAAUUCACAAACUAGAGAGUAUUGAUUUAUUGUUGAAGAAGGGUGCAGAUCCGGGUAUACAGGACAAAGAAGGCAAAACGGCCCUUCACUAUGCAGCAGAGCAUGAUAAUUGGGAGUGUGCUAAUCUGCUGUUGGAAAGCGGAGGUGAUCCCUGUAUACAGGACCAACAAGGCAAAACAGCCCUGCAUGCUGCAGUUGAAGCCGAGUAUCUCUUUAACGUCUUCAGGUACAUUGCCGGAUCUUAUAAGUAUGUAUCCGAAAGAACCAAGAAGAAGACGAAGAGUGUUGCUAAGCUCCUCGUUGAGAAAGGAUGCAGUCAUUCUGUGACGGACAAUCAAGGUAAAACUGCACUUCAUUAUGCAGCUGAGAGCAAUAGCGGUGAUAGCCUGCAACUCCUCUUGGACGAUAAUGCUACCCCAUUCAUUAAAGACAAGCAAGACAAAACACCACUCCACUAUGCAGCAGCAAAAGGAACAAGUGACAAUGUUAAACGGCUCUUGGAGAAAGGUGCAGACCCAUAUGUCAAAGAUCAACAAGGGAAAACUCCACUUCACUAUGCAGCAGAAACAAAACACGGAGACAAUAUUCAGGUAUUACUAGACAGUGGCGUGGAUGCAAGUCAGCAGGACAAUGAAGGAAGAACUCCGCUGCACUUUGCAGCAACGGGCGACUCCAGCUUGUAUGUACGUCUGCUUCUGAACAAAGGCUCUGUGACAACCCUGCGCGACCAACUUGGGAAAACAGCUCUUCACUAUGCAGCUGAGGGUUGUUGCAGUGAUAAUGUCAGACUUCUACUACAUAAUGGUGCUGAUCCCUUUGUAACGGACCAGCAAGGGAAGACAGCCCUUGACUAUGCAACUCGUGGUGGGAACACAACUAGCGUUACACUUUUGCAGGGACGUGUUGCUCAGAAGCAGUCAGUGUGA